AUGAUUAUACAUAAUUUAAUGGGUUGUUGUAACAGCCUCAAUACUGAGCCAAGCCAAUUGCUAAUAGCAGAACAUUAUGAUUCUCAGCAGCGCCCGCCACUUGCCCAAUCAAAUAAUACUUCUGCUUCAAGCCAAAUUAAUCAAGCACUAGAACUCAGAAGAGUUCGAAAACUACCGUCAAUAGUAAGUGAAUCUGCUAUUUCAAGCAUUUAUGAAGCAGAUAACGAUUUGCCACUUCCUGACUUAACAAAUGACAACCCUUGUGGUUUUCUCCUUCCUGAAGGACAAGCAAGCUAUUUGACAUAA